AUAGCAAAUAUCUUCAUGAUGAAGUUUGUAGUUACACUUAUUUUAAUCAUAAAAUGCGUUUAUGCACAAAAUUUAAACACCAAUAAUGUAGUCGAAUUGAAAUUAAAUAACACAAAUUCAAAUAAUAGGUCAUAUUUUGGAUAUUCGUUACUUUUACAGAAAGGAAGUCCGUCUCAGGUUAUCGUUGGUGCACCUAAAUAUAGCAAUGAAACUGGAGGAGCAAUAUUUGCUUGUGAGUUAAUUCCGAACAAAGAAUGUAUUCAAUAUAAUUAUAACAUCUCAAAUUUUGGUAGUAUGAAUGGAAACUUCUUUGGACAGAGUCUAGAUGGAGAUGACUUGGUGGGGGGUUCAUUUGUGACAUGUGGGCCCAGAUUCACAAACGAUCAGUCUAACAGUCGUAGAUUGCAAGGGAUUUGUGUACGACACAAUAAUUCGUCUAGAUUCUCUUCAGAUCCUCUAAAUAUUGUUUUUAAUAGAUAUUUUUCCCGGAGGAAUCCUAGUUACGCCCAGAUUCAGCUUGGAUUUGACAUCUUCUACCAAAAAGGCAAAGAAACUAUAUUGGCUGGAGCUAUAGGAGCUACUGGAAGAGUAAAUGCGACUGGUACUAUUUUCACACAUAAUUUAUUUUCAAAUACAGUAUGGGCUUAUGUAACCGAUAAACAUCCAGACAACCAAGCAUUUGAUUAUUUAGGUUACAAAGUUGGUUAUGCCAAAUAUCAACAAGACGAAUUCAUUAUUGGUGGAGCACCCAGAGCUGAAAACUGUAUAGGCGAGGUCCUAGCUAUCAUCAACAGAAGAGUAGAAAAAAAGUUUUCGGGUGAUACUCUGGGCGCUUAUUUCGGUUCAUCAUUUUUAGCUGUUGACCUUAAUAACGAUACUUCAGAUGAGUUGUUUAUUGGUGCACCGAUGACUGCAGGUAGUACAUUCGAUGAAGGAUGCGUAUUCUUUUACAGCGAUAUUUAUGCAACAAUCCAUAGUACAAUACUCUAUGGCAGCAAAAAAAGAGGAGCAAGAUUCGGUACUAGUAUCGUCAACCUAGGAGAUAUAAAUUUGGAUUUGUUUAAAGAUAUAGCAAUAUCAGCGCCAUUUGAGGACGACGGUACUGGUGCUGUUUAUAUAUACAUGGGUACCAGAUUUGGAAUAAAUGAAACGUUUAACCAGAGAUUAACACCAUCAACAUUUUCACCAGUUGUGCCGAAGGUUAGAGGAUUUGGAAUGGGUCUUUCAAAAGGAGUAGAUGUAAACAAUGAUGGUUACAAUGAUAUUGCAGUUGGUGCGUAUCAAAGUGAGAAUGUUUUCGUACUUCAGGCUAAAGAAAUAAUUAUAUUUCGUGCUACUCUUACAUCAGAUAUAAACUCAAUACCCGUUGAAAAAACAUCAAUAGUACCAACUCGCUAUUGCAUUGAAUUUUUCCCAAAAUCACAACUUAGCAAACUAACAUCACUAACAUUUUCAAUAGAAAUAAGCGUUGAUGAUGUAGUGAGGCAUAGAGAAAAUAACAGUAUUCUUGAAAAAAAUAGGGAAUAUUGUAAUACAUUUAAUGCUACUGCUGAGAAACCAGAAGGAGACUUCGUUCCUUUUCAAAUUUCCCUUAGAAGCGAUGUGGUUGAAAACGUAAUGGUAGAAGGACCAAAAAUUGUAACUUUAUCAAUCCCGUUCAUACACGGCUGUAGUUCAGCCAGUUUAUGCAAGACGAAGCUCAGUAUGAAUGUUCUACCAAAAAACACUCAAAUAAUACUGGGAGAAAAUGAUAAACUUUCAUAUAAUGUACGUGUAAAAAAUGAAGGUGAGCCUGGAUACCAAUGUACAUUAAACAUUACACUGCCAAAUGAACUUAACCUACAAAACGGUAGAAACUGCUAUUCAGAUAAUAAUAAUAAUAAUGUUCUAUGUAUGGUUGGAAGCAAGCUGACUAACAUGUCUAGAUCGAUCAACGUUAAUUUCUAUAUGCUUCCCACUUCAGAUAUAGCUAAGAGGACAAUUAUAAUCGAAUUUGCAUUAUCGUGUCUUCAUGGAUAUAAUACUUCGGUAGAUACCGCUGCUAUAAUGAUUGACAUUAUGAGCUCUCCUUUUAUUGAUGGAACUGCAUUGCAAGACACCAUUGAAAUUUUUUCUGAUGAUACAGAACUAAAAAAAGAAUUGGAGACUGUUCAUAGUUAUACUGUGUUAAAUGUGGGACUAUCACCAGUAAAAUCUGAUAUAUACAUAUUAAUUCCAACAAUAACAAUUGAAGACAAGAAAUUAUUUGAAGUUGUGGAAUCAACGAAAAACAGGGAAAGCAACAAAAUGCACUGUUUACCAAUAAAUAAUCCAUUAUCAUCCAAGUAAAAUAUAACGUGUCAUCCUUUAUCAAGACACCUGCAAAUAAAACACUGAUCGUGGAUUGUUUUCACGAAUGGAAAUGCGAAAUAUUAGCUUGCCAAGGACCAAUAUUGAGGGACAGCUCUGAGACAACUGUUUUCAAUGUAAAACUUAAAACUAAUGUUGGACUUCUAGGUCAGUUUUUUAAGACACAAACUCGUGGAAGAGACAUUGCAGCCUUCGUUACUUCAGCCAUACAUGCGUUUAACACCACGGUUACUGGUCAUGCUUCCACUACAUUGCUGCUUUCCAAUACCAAGGAAGCCAUCGCGAAUUGGGUUUAUGUGGUAGCAACAAUUGUGGGUUGUCUACUACUUGCAGUGUUAAUUUUGGUGCUGUUUAAAGUAAGUAGCUAAAUAAAGUAAUA